CAAACAGUCGUCAGUCUCAGAACUUAUCCGCCGUGGUUAACAACCUAGUUUUGUGUCGCGGUCGCGUUCGUGUAGUACUUUCUCUGGCAGUCUUUAGUUUAAUUGAAAUUGAAAAACUUUGAUAAAUUGACUGUCAUUGCCGGACGUUGAUAGUUGUCAUCUGCUUUUCGGAACCAGUGCCAGCGAGAUAGCAUUAGUUAGUGUCGCCUAGAUAUGUGUAGCUACCAGCCUUGUGUCCAAUGAUUUUAGAUUGAUCAAACGGCAUACACAGUUCUCUGUGUAUGUUAACCCGUUACGUAAGCCCACCUUUAUUCGCAUAAAACGACGAAGCGGAGAACAAACAGACAUACUCGUCAGGUCAUCAACUAGCAAAACAUCACCAGCAACGACAGCAGCUGAUCCAGCCCAUUUGGGGAAGCGAAAGAAAUAUCUGCGAAACGCAGAAAAUGAGCGCUGAAGAUAACACCACCGCGAACAAGAUGGAAGAUGAACUGCCGGAUUUUAGCCAGCGCUUCAACGAAAUGCGCCGUCGGAAUCACCUGGUCGACUGUUCGUUUAAGGUAGAAGAUAAUAUCUACCACAGCCAUAAACUGAUCCUGUCUGCCGCUAGUCCAGUGUUUGAGGCUAUGUUCUACGGUUCACUGGCCGAAAAACAAACCGUAAAGAUCGCAGAUAUUCGCCCUUGCGUGUUUGAGCGCAUGCUGGAUUUCAUCUACGUAGGAACGAUCGAUUUCGAUAAAGUGUUCCAAAUCGAAGAAAUUUUAGAACUUUACUAUUGUGCUCAGAAGUACAUGAUUGACAGUCUUCACAAGCAGUGUGUGAAUUUCUUCGGCAAAAAUAUCAAACCAAACAACGUGUUGAAGAUUCUAGACAUCGCCUAUAAUAUGAACCUGGAGGAUAUAAUAUUCUCGUGCUUGUGCGUUCUGAAGCAUUUUCUAUCAACGGGUAUGAGCCUUAGCAACAUUAUACUGGAAAGUACUCAUCAUAUGUCCAAAAGCUGUGUAGAUCUAAUCCUCGAAGAUAAUUAUGAAGUGAAAGAUAACAUGAUCUGCAUGAUUCGUGCGUGGUGCAUCACUGAGUGCGAGCAGCAUCGACUCGAAAUGAGUAGUGAUAGUUUGAAAACCGUGCUGCAGGGUAUCGAACUUCCUGACAAGUUGAAAGACACCAUUGUAGAUUGUAGUUUUACAAGUUUUCAGCCGGUCGCCAACGGAGAAAAUAACAAUUGGACUCCGAUCCAACGGAUCCAGUAUAAAGCCGUUAGACCGUUAAUCAUAGGUGACGAGAUGAGCUUUGAGGCGAGUAUCGCUUGUGAUCGCUUUAUCGUGUUGAAAUCGCUUUGCAUCAAUAGCAGACUGACUCCACAACUGAAGCCAAAUGAGCUUCGGCGGGACACAUACACGGAAAACAUUUCCGUGGAAAUAUACUCCAAAUUUAACAACAGAAUCGAGCCAAUCUACCGGAAACAAGUUUUUAUCUGUGAUGUAGCUUUCAACAACAGUUUGGAGAUUACUCUGGAAAAUCAAAUCGUUCUCUUUCCAGAUAUUGCUUACAUUGUCCGACUGAAAUGGGGCCCGGACAGCUUGGGCUACGAAUACCCGCGAAGUAUUUUGUCGUCUUAUGGAAAGAUUAAACAGUUUAGAGUAAAUUUUAGCGAAAACAUUUACCUCGAGACCGAGGGUAGCAUAUUGACUGGGAUCGUUUGUGAUCUGUACAAAUGAAUUAACCUAUUUGCUAUGUAUGUACUGUGUAGGCGAAGUAAUGCUGUGAUGGAAAUACGAAUAAUGUAUCACUUUUUUUGGAAGCACACUUCUAAUAAAACAUUGCCGCCAAUCGUGCUAAGAUAUUUGUUGAGAAAUAGGAUUUCGUGACUAAUUAUGUGCUUUUAAGUUAUCGAGUAACAUCAUUCAAUUACCUGUAUCAGAUAAUUAUUAAAUCAUACUGAUUUAUGUUUUGAAAACAAUAUAAA